AUGGUCUUCAAGCCGUUUACCCACAUCGCGCGUCAGAGUUUCACCAAAGCCUUCACUCAUGGCUAUGCUCAAUCAGUAGUCGCCGCCUCGCAGUCCUACGCGUCGUCGACAACACUCAACCAUCUCACCGCCGCUAACCCGGCGAAAUUCUCCCGCACCACCCAGUUGCAACAUGUAUUCCAACCGUCGAGUUCGUCUGGGGCCGGCGCAAAGGCCAGCCAAGGUAGUUCGGGCGGCGGAGAUGCUGGCUUAGCUGCGUACUAUGCGGCGUGGCAACAAGCUCAGCAGACCGGUGAUGACAGCGACUGGAAACAGUUACAGUUGAAGCGGGGUCUUGGCUGGAAGCCGGUCACCGAAGAAGAGGCCAGUCGGCUGAAGGACGAAACCGACCUGUCCGCCACAGCUCGCUCCGACCGCAACCACUCUCCUCAUCUCACUCAGGCUUCCGCCAAUGCGGAUGUCAGCGCGAAGGUCGAAGAGGCGGUAGCCCGGGAGAUUCAAAUACAAGAGGAACAGGCGCAGGCGGAGGAAGCGUCCGAGGCGCACGAUGCUUCUGCCACUGAAGCGUUCCCAGACUUGCCGGAAGAUGUAGCUGCGGUGGGCGAUCUCGUCACGGAGGAGUCUCGCCGUGCCUCAGAGCGGAUUGUGCGGCUUGCGUCCGAUAAGAAGUAUGCGGACAUCCCCGGCGCCUUUGCAGCUCUUCUUCGAGACGGCCUCACACCGACGGUUGGCGCUUAUAAUGCUUUGUUGGACUCUGCCAUCGAACUUCACGAUGAUCGAUCACAGGCGAUCCCGAAGGCGCUCGAUGUUUACUCGGAUAUGCUUCGUCGUAGGGUAAUUCCCGAUGAACAAACCUACCGAAUGUUAGUUCAGCUUUUCGUUAUGCGUGCUCACGACGCCAUGAAAGCAAUGCAAGUGCUAGAGCAGGAGAGGGUCCGUUAUGGCGGAAUGGAGGAGCCUGGAAAGUUCAUGCUACACUCUAGUGAGCUUGAGCAGGCUAUCCUAACCGAGGAUGACUCUCUCGGAAUUGCCCUGAAAUUGUUCGAGACUGCCGCUGCCCGACAUCCUGAUCUCGUCUUCCCCCUCGACACCUACCGCUAUCUGAUCAGUGCUUGCGCCACCGAGGGCAAGGUCGAUGCGAUGGUCCGCGUGUAUGCACACAUGGAGUCUCACAAAGUGACCCCCCACGCCUCCAUCUUUCCCUCGAUGAUUGACGCCUUUGCUUCGGCUGGCGAAUUGACGAGUGCUGUCGAGUGCUACAACGAGUACAGAUCACUUGCGGUGUCUGACGACAAUGGCACAUUCUGCAUCAUUCAGCGUUUGGAUGGUCAGGUUUACGCUGCUUUGAUCAAGGCCUAUAUCACAUGUGGCAAGGAGGAAAAUGCGAUGCGCUUCCUUGAGCGAAUCCGCUCCUCUUUUGACGAAGUGACUGAGAACCGUGAAACCCGACAAGAGGCACUAGAGUCUGUUAUCAUCCAUGACGCUCUAGUGCAACACGCUCUCAAAUUGGGUGAUCAUGCAAAGGCGCUUGACCAAGCUAAGAACCGGCUGCGCGAUGGAGCUCUUGAUCAGGCCAUGUCUCAGAUCUGCAUAGCGGCGGCCGAUUCCGGCAACUUGAAGAUUGCUUCCGAAGCAUACGAUCUUCUCCCCAAGGACGUGGAGACGCGACAAAAGCCUGCUGUUUCGAUGCUGGCUCUCCACGUCCGUGACGGCAAUGUGUCAGCUGCUCGGCCCUUGUGGCUAUUGUUAAGCACAGUGGGUCAGGCAACGUCGGAUAUGGUACAGCCGACUGUGAUGUAUGCAGUCGCUCUUCUGAAGAGUGGUCGCACCGAUGAAUCUCUCGUCGAGGCAAGGAAUAUGUUUGCCCGCAUCCGCAGCUCUUCCCACAACCUUUCUUCAAACUCUGCUCGUGAACAGAUCAACGAGAGUAUUCACCUUCUUAGUCGCGUUCUUGUCCAGGGCGCUGCUAUCCUUUCGCCUCAAGCUUCAAUGUCCCUUCUCUGGCUGAUGGUCGAAAAUGGCGGCCUCAUCUCACCUGUCGCCCAACACGCCGUCGCCUUUCUCGGACCCCUCGAGAUUUCCCAGCUCGGCCCACGUGACCUUGCCCUUGCUCUCCAGGUUCAAGCUGGAAUCUUGGUCAACAACAGCGCCAUGUCGUUUGAUGCCGCCCACCCCAUUCGCUUCUCCCAUAUGCUGGACAUUGCUCUAGCCACGGGACUCGCCAUGGAUUCCACUACUGUCCAUCUCGUUGACCAAGCCGUGAACAAGCUCUUCACCAGCCGGCCUGACAUGGUCAGCAGAUGGCACAGCUAUUUGGGCUUGUCGUCUAGCCCGUCUAGCUACCUUUCUGGUCCGCACACCCCCGUCUCUGAACUGUCUAGUAUGAGCUCGGCCCCGAGCGAGGACUCAUUCGACCCUUACGCAUUCGCUACCGACUUCAAAGGAUCGGCAAUGAUUGCUGAUGGACUCGAGAGCACCCAUGGUCGGCCCGAGGCUCACCUCAACGAAGCUCUUAACAGGCUCCGCAACAUGCGCCGUGCUGGUCGACACCCUCGCUACAUUACCUACGCCAAACUCAUUGCAGCUGCCGCAAAGAACAAUCGCGUUGAUCUGGUGCAUGAAGUCCUGAGCAUGGCCAGGCGUGAUGUUCCUCUUCUGCCUCAGUGCAAGGCUGUCAAAUAUGGCUGGAACUCCAUCCUCGAUGCCAUGGUCGCCGCUUGCUUGACGCUGGGUGACCGCGGCCUUGCUGCCAAGUACCACCACGAGCUUUCCGAACUUGGCUCUGCCCCGUCUGCCAACACCUUCGGCCUGUACAUCACUACCCUCAAGGAAUCUACCAAGACCUUUGACGAGGCGACCGAAGCGCUGAAGAUCUUCCACCGUGCCGUGGCAGAGGGCGUCGAGCCAACCUCGUUCCUGUACAAUGCUCUCAUCGGCAAGCUCGGCAAGGCCCGUCGUAUUGACGAUUGCCUUCAGUACUUUGCGGAGAUGCGCGCCAACAACGUUCGUCCUACCAGUGUCACCUACGGAACUAUCGUCAAUGCACUCUGCCGUGUUAGCGACGAGCGCUUCGCCGAGGAGAUGUUUGAAGAGAUGGAAUCCAUGCCGAACUACAAGCCCCGACCCGCGCCUUACAACUCCAUGAUCCAGUACUUCCUCAACACAAAACGCGACCGUACUAAGGUUUUGGCCUACUACGAGCGAAUGCUGAGCCGAAACAUCAAGCCGACUAUGCACACCUACAAGCUGCUUAUCGAUGCCCAUGCCUCUCUAGAGCCCAUCGAUAUGGAAGCUGCGGAAAAGGUGCUCGAGACUGUCAAGUCGUCUGGGCAAGAGCCCGAGGCCGUGCACUAUGCGUCGCUCAUCCAUGCCAAGGGCUGCGUGAUGCGGGACAUGGAAGCCGCCCACAACGUCUUCAAGUCCGCAGUGUCUAACACUAAAGUUCGCGUGCAACCUUGCUUGUACCAGGCCCUUCUCGAAUCCAUGGUUGCCAACCAUCAAGUCGUACAGACUGAAGCGAUUGUUGAGGAUAUGGCCAAGCGUAAGGUGGAAAUGACCGCCUACAUUGCCAACACCCUCAUCCACGGAUGGGCCGCCGAAGGAAACGUUCAGAAGGCCCAGGCUAUUUACAACAGUGUCGGGAUUGAAAAGCGGGAACCAAGUACGUACGAAGCCAUGACCCGUGCGUUCUUAGCCGCCGACGACCAUGCGAGCGCUUCUCGCACGGUGCAGGAGAUGCUCUCUCGCGGGUAUCCUACGGCCGUGGCCCACAAGAUUGCCGAUCUUGUGGGCAAUGGUGCAGUCACAGCCACACUCUAA